GAUGUAUUUUUAUUCAUAUCAGCAGCUAGCCAAUACCCACCUACUUCUACGAUGUACCUAUACUAUUAUCUAUCGGUAGGGCUGUGUUUGUCCAUAGGUCUUCCCAUCUGUCCUAUCAGUAGUGGGUUGUCCAUGUAAGGCUUAGCUUGAAGUUCAUCAGUUUCACCCUAAAAUCUAUUUCAAACUUAUAUGGUACGAAUAAUCAUUUUUCGAAAAAUAACAGUUGUGCGAAAUUCAAUGACUUAAAACAGAGAAUGUAAUGCACUGAGCUUACAAUUAUCUUUCAUUGACCCAUAUGGCAACCUGCUUAUGAAGAUUCGUUUUUACACAUGAGCUACAACUCCAAGAGUUUUAAAUAAUUUCAAAGAAUUCGAAAGCUUUGUUAAGUCGUUAUCUGCAAUUAGUUUAUUUAAAUCAUGGAGUUCAAAUACCAAGAGAUAAUAGAGUAGCCCAUACACUGCUUGCAACCAGUUGACACAGCUUCUUAAGCAUUAUGUAAUUUUCAUUAGCAGAGGUAGCAUCAAACAGUUGAUUAACUCUUGAUGGGUGAAAUAAAAGUUUUCUUGCAUCACAGCUAUGAAUGGUUUAGUCUCUGGAGUAUAAGAAAGACAGAAAGUGUUGAAAGUGAAAAUUAUUAAAUAAAAUGAUAGCUGGACAAGAGAAUUAAGAAUGAUAAUGUUACCACGUUUUUAGCUUACUAUAAAUUUUCAUUGAUUACCUUAACUAAUUUGGAGCAAAUCAUGCACCUUGGGUUCAACUUAUUAAUAGCCCUAUCUCUGAGUAUCUGGACAUUGGCCCUAAUUCAGCAAGAAUCUGAUUUUUCCAAUGGCCAGAAAGAACUGGAAGCAUUGGGUUCUGAAAGUCGAAAGGACACCAACACCAAUACUAUCCACAAUGCAAGAGGUGGGAUCAUCCAGGCAUGGACUGGCAAGAGAUUCCAAAUGAAAUGUCAUUCAAUUAAUCACCAUUCCAUUCAUCGUCAACAUCAAUGGCAUUUUUUGCCAUGCGGUCCAGGCUAUAACCGUCAGUCUUGUAAAAUUCUGAGAAGCAGUCUCACAACCGAUACAGAAUGGCAAGUAGUGCAAAGUCAGAGUCUGUUAGAUGAAUUGGUUUUAGAGUCACCGAUGGAAAAAGACAAUGGUCUGUACAAGUGUAGCACGAUUAGACACGAUGGUACCCUUAAAGUACUAAGAAUGUUUCAACUGGAAGUGAAUGAUGGAACGGUUCACGUGCCAAAAAUAGUAGAGGGUCCAUGGAACGUUAGUGUAGUUUACUAUGGCAGGCAACAGAAAAUAUCUCUUCAGUGCAGGGUAACUUCCAGCGUACAACCAAAGAUUGUCUGGUUUCGAAGACUCGACAUUAUUCCUACUACCGGACGAGAAGAUUUGAUCAUUUACAAAAACGCUGGAUGGAAGAUGUUACCCAGCAACCAGAUAUAUCUCGAUGAUCAAUUAUAUUUAUCAAAGCUCAGUUUUGAUCAGCUUAAUCUAGAUGAUUCUGGUUACUACGCAUGUCUUGCAAUAAACUACAAGGGAUGGACGAUGCAGGAAGCUCACUUAAAAGUGUACCUUCCCUUAAAUUCGACUCCUCUCAUCGCUAUAGGACGAAAUGACCAGUGGAUAGGAUUGAAAUUCUUUAGUCUAUUUCUAAUUCCAGCAUGUCUUGCUUUAGUACCCGCAUCUGCUUGGUUGUGUUACUUGUAUCACAAGCCUCGGAACAAACAGAACGUACCAUUUGUUAGCUGAUAUUCUCAAUCAGGCUCGAAACUUUCUAUCUACAUUGUUCUAAACAAUUGUUACAACUUGCUUAGUUCCAACUGCACUGUGAUGCUUCAAUUGAGUCUGUUAUUUUGAUGUAAAUUUUGCAAUCAACAAUAAAGACCUUAUACAAAUAAUCUA